UGUGUCAGAGUGUCAGAGGGGUUGUUUCUGCUUUGAACUCCACACACUCCCUCCUCCUCUUCCUCCUCCUCUUCCUCCUCCGCCCAGUCUCGCCAGGUUCAAGGUGUGUCUCUCUGUCUAUCCAUCUGUCUCUCUGUCUGUCUGUGUUGUCUUUGUUCCGGCUGUGAUGGACGAGGCUGAGGACGGCGAGGAGGAGCCCAAAUUCCAGCAGCCUCGACCAUCACCUCCACCUCCAUCACCUCCAUCACCUCAAGUAUCCAACAGCGUGGAUCACCAUGGGUUGACCAGCAGCAGCGGAGGAACCAAGAUGAAGAAACUGACUCCAGGAGGCGGAGCUGCGUCCAUUACGCGCAAAAACUCCACCAACACCAACAAAGAGCUGUGGCUCCUUCAAGACGAGCAGGACUCUUCCUGCGCACCUGUCAGUGUCAGAGCCAGAGCCAGAGCCAGAGCCAGCAGCAGCUCAGCAGCCUCUGCUGCUCUGUUCAUCCGUGGGGAUGGUGCUUCUGGAGAGGAGGACUCAGUGUGCCAGGAGGCAGGAGGGACAGUGACAGGAGACGGAGCCAUCGGCAUGAUAUGCAACAAAAACGGAGACUGUAGAAGGGACCCAACCAGUUCAGGGAGUCUCUCCUCUCUCCUCUGCAGGCAGGAGAAGCAGCCAGAUGAUGGAGGAGUAGCAGCAGCAGCAGCCAGCAUGGACUGCUCCAUCACUUCAGAGGUCAGGAUGAUGGAGAAGAAGGACUCCAGAGUUUCCUUCUCCAACGCGCCUCCGACCAGUAAAGGACACACUCCGAGUCAGCACUCCAGAAACUCCGUCACGUUUUCCAAAGCGGAGGACGGCUCUCAGAUAGUGGCGGAUGAUGGAGACGACAGAGGGAACCAGACGUACAUGCAGAGACAGUUCAGCUCCAUGCUGCAGCCAGGAGUCAACAAGUUCUCCCUGCGCAUGUUCGGCAGCCAGAAGGCGGUGGAGAAGGAACAGGAGCGCGUAAAGUCAGCAGGGAACUGGAUUAUCCAUCCGUACAGCGACUUCAGGUUCUACUGGGACUUCUCCAUGCUGAUGUUCAUGGUGGGCAACCUGAUCAUCAUCCCCGUGGGCAUUACCUUCUUCAAGGAAGAGACCACCACCCCAUGGAUCAUCUUCAACGUGGUUUCCGACACCUUCUUCCUCAUGGACCUGGUGCUGAACUUCAGGACCGGCAUCGUGUUCGAGGACAACACCGAGAUCAUCCUCGACCCCAAGAAGAUCAAGAUGAAGUACCUGAAGAGCUGGUUCGUGGUGGACUUCGUCUCUUCCAUACCCGUGGAUUAUAUCUUCCUCAUCGUGGAGAGAGGGAUGGACUCGGAGGUGUACAAGACGGCCCGGGCGCUCCGCAUCGUCCGCUUCACCAAGAUCCUCAGUCUGCUGCGGCUGCUGAGGUUGUCCAGACUCAUCCGUUACAUCCACCAGUGGGAGGAGAUCUUCCACAUGACCUAUGACCUGGCCAGCGCUGUGAUGCGAAUAUUCAACCUGAUUGGUAUGAUGCUGCUGCUGUGUCACUGGGAUGGCUGUCUCCAGUUCCUUGUUCCCAUGCUGCAGGACUUUCCGUCUGACUGCUGGGUCUCCCUCAACAAGAUGGUGAAUGACUCAUGGAGCGAACUCUACUCCUUCGCCCUCUUUAAGGCCAUGAGCCACAUGCUGUGCAUUGGCUAUGGAAGACAAGCCCCGGAGAGCAUGUCGGACAUCUGGCUGACCAUGCUCAGUAUGAUCGUCGGAGCCACCUGCUACGCCAUGUUCAUCGGCCACGCAACAGCACUCAUCCAGUCUCUGGACUCAUCCAGACGGCAAUACCAAGAAAAGUACAAACAAGUGGAGCAGUACAUGUCGUUCCACAAACUACCGGCAGAGUUCCGACAGAAAAUCCAUGACUACUACGAGCACAGAUACCAGGGCAAGAUGUUUGAUGAAGAGAGCAUCCUGGAGGAGCUUAAUGAGCCUCUGCGAGAGGAAAUCGUCAACUUUAACUGCCGUAAGCUGGUGGCCUCCAUGCCGCUGUUUGCCAACGCUGAUCCCAACUUUGUGACAGCCAUGCUGACCAAACUGAGAUUUGAGGUGUUCCAGCCUGUAGACUACAUCAUCAGAGAGGGCACCAUCGGUAAGAAGAUGUACUUCAUCCAGCACGGGGUGGUCAGCGUCCUGACCAAAGGGAGCCUCGGCAUGAAGUUGAUGGACGGCUCUUACUUUGGAGAGAUCUGUCUGCUGACCCGUGGCAGACGGACAGCCAGCGUGCGAUCGGACACCUACUGCCGCCUGUACUCUCUCUCUGUGGACAAUUUCAACGAGGUGCUGGAGGAGUAUCCCAUGAUGAGGAGGGCCUUCGAGACGGUCGCCAUCGACAGAUUGGACAGGAUAGGCAAGAAGAACUCAAUCCUGAUGCACAAAGUUCAGCGUGACCUGAACUCGGGUGUUUUCAACAACCACGAGAACGAGAUGAUCCAGGAGAUCGUUAAAUAUGAUCGGGAGAUGGUUCAACAGGUUGAUGUGCAACCGCGAUCGCGGGCCAUGUCCAUGACGCCUCCUCUACACGGUGGCAUCUUUAGUUCUCCCAGCCAUCCCCAGAAUUCAGCGAUUGCCACUCUUCAGCAGGCCGUAGCCAUGAACUUCUGUGCCCCCAUGCAAGGGAACACGAUGGGAGCGGGGACCCUGCAGUCCCCCAGGAUGGUGAGGAGAUUCCAGGUGGUGGAAGGUGUGUCCAGCCCUGUUUCAGCCUCUCCACUGCAGUCUCAGCUCCUUGCUUCUGGUGCCUUUGCUCCCGCCCUGUCCAGCCCCCCUGUCCAGAGUCCGCUGGCACUUGGAGGACGGUCGUUCCAGUAUGGAUGCAGUACCCUGGCUGGUCCCAGCUCAGGCUCCCAGCUUUCUCUAGCCCAGCAGCACAUAGUCAGCCCAGCACACCGGCCCAGCACACACAAGAGUACUCAUUCCCUGCAAAUGGGCAGUUUGAGCCAAGACGCCAGGGCUCUGUCAGCCUCUCAGCCCUCACUGCCUCAUGAGGGGGUGCAACCAGGUGCCCCAAGUCCCCCCCAGUCUACACGAGUCUCCUCCACUUCCAUUGGACCCCCUCAGACCCCAGCAGGUCACACAGGUGUCUGGAGCGCUAUACCACCUCGGGUGGUACUGCCCCACCAAAUGACUGUGGGGGCCUUCCCUGUAGCAUCCCUGCCCGGUUCUGUGCAGAGUUUUGGUGCCGGUGCGGGAACAGGUCUUGGGGACUCGGGACUACCCAAGAAGGACUCUAUAGUGAGCCUUCCUGAGACAGACCACAGCAAAAUCAGAUCCAGGCUAUCCUCAAACUUGUGAUCUUAAUUGAACUCUUCUGGGGGAGUGACUCAACGAGGGGCUUGACUGCAGGGACACGGGGGGGAUUUCUGCUCUUUCUCCUAUAGUUCCUCUUCUCUCUUCACUCCGGUUUGACUAUCCGAAUGUAUGAAUGUUGAGCGAGUUGCAGCAGGGAGAAUCUGAGAGAAGACUGUUCUAACAUUAAGUCUGUAUGGUGACUUUUCAAUCUGCAGCACUGAGAUGUUUCUACUCACAGAUAUAGUAGUUGCACAGUAGAGGUAAAGUAGCAUCUCCCCACCUCCUUAAUUUACUGUAUUUUAAAACACAGUCAACAACAUAUGGGCAUAUCUGCUUCACUAUCCUCUCGUUCACCUCACUUAAUGCAAACUUGGGGUCGGAUGGGACUAAAAGAAAAUCAGGGACCUGCUUCAGAUAUCAGAAGUUGGCACUUUAAUGGGGUUUAACUACUGUAUGUACCACAUUGUGUCAGUAGGCUGGCUGUAAAAUGGUGCCUUCAAAUGAGCUUGUGUUUACAACAUGGGAAGUCGUGUACACAAUAUGCUUGGCGUUCAAGUCGUGAGAACACCGCUGCUACGCAACGGCAAUAUUAACGUUACUAUU